GUCUAUUCUAUGAAGCCAUACUUCAUUAAUACUUAUCAGAAGCAAUUAUUGUUUCAGGAGCAAUUAUGUAGUGAGCCAGGCUCGAUGUGUGGGUAUGUAGAAAAGGCUCUAUCGUUGUCGAAAUGGGAGCGACGUCUGGCUGUGAUCACCAAGGACGGCAAGCUCAUCAUUUACAAGUACUACUUACUCGACAUAUGCCCUGGGCAGCCACUCAUUGGGAAGACCUAUCAGUUGAAUAAUGUGAAAAAAAUGAACAUAAAA